AUGGCUUUUUUUAAAGCUAAGGAGGAGCAAGUAUCUUUGAAACUUCUAGUAAACACAGAAACUAACAAAGUUUUAUUUGCUGAAGCAGAGAAAGAUUUUGUAGACAUUCUCUGUAGUUUCUUAACAUUACCUUUAGGAACCAUUGCAUCACUUCUUCAAAAGGAAUCAAACAUGGGUCCGGUUACAAUCGGUUGUCUCAACAAACUCUAUCGAAGUGUGGAAAAUCUUCGAUUGUUGCCGAGUAAUAACUCAUCCGAAGAUUAUUGCAGAACUCUCAAAAUUAAUAUUGAUGACACUCAGCCUACAAAGUACUUCAUGUGUUCUAAGUUUAACGACUACAAUUAUCGUUAUCAUCACUAUUUGACCACAGGCACAAAUAAGCUUUAUUGUUCGUGUGGGAAUCGUUUGAACCGGUCAGUUUCCUUAGCACAAUUGUGCAAUGGAUUUGUUAAAGAUGCUGCUACUUUUAUUGUUACCGAUAAUCUAACUGUCUUGCCGCACUCCAUGGAUCACACAUUGUUUGGUUUAAUCAACAAUUUGGGAAUGCAAAGCACAAGUUUGGUAAAAGAAAUGACGGUUAAUGUCACUAAGAAGAAGGUAUUGGAUCUGCUAAAAUGUUCACUUCUUUCCAAGACACCUCUUACCGAUUUGUUUUUAGGAAUGAAACCUUCCAUCGCGAGUUCACGUAUUUUAUCUUAUGAUGUUAAAAACGUUAUCGAUGGUGGUAUCUAUAUCACCGUGAAGCUAGUUGUAAGAAAGUCGAGUAACACUAUAUUGUUUGCUCAAGGUGGGCAAGACUUUGCAGACCUAAUUAUACGGUUUCUAACAUUUCCGUUGGGUGGAGUGUUACGCAAGUUAGAAGGGAACAGUUCUUUGGGCAGUAUGGAUGGAUUGUACAGGAGCAUAGCUAAUUUAAAUGAAGACAAUUAUUUUAAGUGCAAAGAAGCAAGGAACAGGCUUCUCACUCUAAGUGUUUUGCAUUAUUAUUGUUAUUAUCGAUUUGAUGCUCGUAAUAAAAGAAUAUUUGAUGCCAUGCUUUUCAAAAGGGAUGAUGAAGAUCGGAGUAACGACGGAAAUUUUAGAAAAAUGAAACUGGUUAAUACCAUAUCUUCUAUGGGAAGUCCUUAUGGUCAAGUCAAUAGACCAGAAAUGUAUGUCGUCACAGAUGAUUUAGUGGUAGAACCAUUGUUGUCUCCAAUUUCAUCUUUAUAUUUACUUAACCGUUUCGAAAUUCCUCUUAGUGAUUUGAAGGAACAAGUUGUCGUCAUUGGCAUGAAAGAGAGUCUAAGCAUAUUGAAGGCAGCUUUAACCUCAACAUCUGCUCUCACCAAUGGUUUGCGUCACUUGUUAACCAAAGUUAAGGCGGAGGAAUGAGAAUUGUUAACGUUGUUAUGUCUGUUUAAGAUAUGUUGUGGAAAAGUUUUUAACGGCCAACGUUAUUAGUUUUACUUUUGUUGCUGUAGUUAUUUCAUAUUUAGCA